AUGACGGAGCGCGUAGCAGCCCCAGGUCUGCGGCGGCUCCCACCGUACUGGCACGAGUACAAAACCCGUGCGAAGACGCGGUGGUAUGGGCGCCAAAUUCUCGAGGUGUUUACGACCGAAUUUCGUGAUCGCACACGCGAGUACUACAUUUGGGCGAUCCACCAAGGCCUGUGUACCGUCAAUGGCCACUCGGUGCAGCCCACGUAUAUUUUGCAAAACAACGACUUUUUGGUCAACCGGGUACACAAGCACGAGCCGGCCGUGACGAAUGCGCCAGUGCGCAUUUUGUUCCGCGACGAUGCCAUGGGCCGCAUCGUCGUAGUCAAGCCAGGCAGUAUCCCUGUGCACGCCACGGGACGAUACCAUCAUCACACGCUGGUGGAAAUGGUGAAGCAGCAGGCCCAACUAUCGAAUUUGUACACGAGCAACCGCCUCGACCGCCUCACCUCGGGUAUUAUGGUCUGUUCUACGACCAAGGAGGCUGCCUGUGAGCUCGGCAAUGACUUUAACGCAGGCCUUGUGAACAAGGCGUAUGUGUGCCGAGUGGCAGGCCGCUUUCCGGACGGAAUCAUCGACUGCAGAGAACCGAUUCUGAGUGUGGACCGCCAAAGUGGUCUUAAUAUCGUGCAUCCGAAGGGCAAAGAGUGCCGCACGCUCUUUCAGUGCCUGUCGUACGACCCCACAGCCGACUCGAGUGUGCUUGUCUGCCGCCCCAUCACGGGACGUACACACCAAAUCCGCGUGCAUGCGCAGUGGCUCGGGCACCCCAUUAGCAAUGACCCACUGUACCACCACCCUGUGUGGUCAACGGUCGAUCGCGACAUUCUCGCGACUGCCCAGCCCCGGCACUACGAACGUGUCGGUGGCGGAUCUGGCAAUGUCGAAGUCGAGCGCGUGCUCACUGCUCUCAAAGGUACGCGCGACGACGCAGAAGGAUGGUCGCGCUGGCGUGACCAAGAGUUCUUUGGGGCCCUCAACCGACAGCUGGGCUACGAGGACGUACCGGUGCCCGGUCCCAACGGCCAGCGGACACCGCCGCCGCCGCCCGGCGAAGACAUGCCGCCUGGCACUGCCACAUGCGAUACGUGCUACAUACCCCUGCUGCCUGAUCCUGCGCCGCAAGACAUGUACAUAUACCUGCAUGCGAUCAAAUACUGGACAGACACGUGGGUCUUUGAGGACGAGCUGCCUUGGUGGGCUCGUUCGUCUGCCAAGGCCAGUGCCUCUCUCCCGCCAUUAGCUCUUAUUGCGCACCAUACCGGCGAUGAUGCUCUUGGUCUUGGUAAAGGCGGUGCUCAGCGACGCUUGGAUACCCAGCUCCAACCUGCUAUGCAGCUUGCGAGCCUGCCAUUGGCACCACGGCCCGACGCAUGUGCGCAUGACGAGUCUCUUCAAGUCUUUGUCGAAGUCACUCGUGGACUUGAAGAUGCCGCGCAGCGAGAAAUGCUCCAACACUUGGGCGCGGACCCAUCGGCGUCCAGCUGCCUCACGUCCGCUCUGCACUCAGGCAUAAUCCAAGUCGAUGCGCCUCUACACGCUCAGGUCGUCGCUCGCUACGAGGCUUGUCAGCUCCCCAUCGCCACAGGUGUCUAUUAUGCCAUGGGGCACAUGAGCCUGCCCCGCGACAUGCUCGAUGCGCUCUUUGAUCAGCGCGUCGAAGUGCUCGGGAAAAAAGGCGCCCAAAAGCCCCAGCCGACGUUGGCUGAGCAGGCACUUCUUCAGUGGCUUACACAACAGUGGCAUGCGCACCAAGCACAACGCGACAAAGCACUGGACCUGUGGAUGAAACGCGCUUCACGACGCACACGCACAUGGUGCGUUGUCGUGGACCGGAGCAGCUAUGUGCUCCCAUCACUCAGUACGCAGGCUCUCGAGACACAUCUGGCUUCCCUCGUCACCGGGUGGCUCGACUCACACUCAUGGACACCGGCUUCAACUCGUGCCGAAGCUGAUAUGGUGAUCAAAUGCACGAUGGCACCGCGCUUUGGAGCGCAGUCUCCGUUGCAAUUAGGGCCACGUGCACACAAAGGCAAUCCGCCCGGCACCUGCUUCUUCCAACUGCAUGUGCCUGGUGGCCCAUGCAACGUGGCGGCAGAUGCUCUGCGCACGUCGCUGGCCCGCUCUCGAGCUCAUGCGGUAUGUGCGCUCCUGCCUCUGGGAGACGGCACAUGCGUCGGCACAUUGCACAGCAAAGAUAGCCAUCUGGCUGAUGCGUUGCGGGCUAUGCUCCAUGCACGUGGCCGGAUGACCGCCCAGGUGCCAUACGGCUCUACAAGUGCGCAUGCACUGCACGGCGCCGUGGUCGAGUUGCCAGAGAGUGCUCGUGACGAGCCGCACGCGCUCCUGUUUGAUCAUUUUGUGACGGAGCUCGAGUGCCUGUCCCAUGCUCUCGCGCCAGGCAAGUUUGCAUUGGUGCUGACGAGUGAGACCAAAACGUGUAUGCGUGCUCUACGUGAGCUAGAAAACCGUGCGCGUCGCGAACAUAGUCCGUACGUCCUGCGUAUGGACACGGGCGUCACGUUGGGAGACGCAUGGCCCGCCGAGCAUGCUGCUACGUUCAAAGAUGCGCAGCAGGAAGCAUCGUUGCGCAGUGGGGGAACAUGGCGGGCCUUGGCGCACCACCGGAGUUUCCUGGCUUGUGUUGCCCAGGCCCCCCUGUAUAGUACAUAG